GUCUCCGGCAAGGCUCCCUUUGCCAAGAAAAGUCUGUCCCUUGGUGCCCUUCGAACCCUUAGAGCUCGAGGGGCUCCGGGCAUAGGAGGCCUUCCCAAAGGCACUGGUACCACAAGGAAAAUGACACAGACAGCUGGCAGAAAUUGCUCACAGAACAUUGUUAUUCCACCAGGAUUAGCUGUGCAGAGCCAGCCUGUUACCCAGAAACUCUUAUCUGAUGAGAUAACCAAGACAGAUCUGACAGAACAGCCCUGCAAUAAGAAGCCUCCUUCCAAACUUCCUGGUAGAUUUGGAGUUCAGGGGUCCUUAGUGUGUCUGGGUCUGAAGCUCCAUGGUACACCUAAAGUUAAUAAUGCUUCAGGAACAAGGCUUCCAGUUUUUGCAGGCAACAUGGUAACCGCUAAGACUUCAAGUCAAAAGCGUCCCUGGGAUAAACCAUCUGACAAAGCUACUGCAUCCCCCCUGAAGCAACCAUUUCCUAAACGUUCCCGUCUGUGCAAAAAUCAGAAAGAGAAGCCCACAUGUAGCAAUAUGGCUGUUGCACAAGCUCCAAGUGCUACUCUGGAGAAAGAGCUCACUGCACCUUGCUCACAGUGUAAAUGGCUGGCUGAAGAGAAUCAGCAGUUGAAGAGCAUGUUAGAAACAUGUCAAAAGACUCUUGCUUUCCUAGAAAGAAAGCAAACUGUGGUAGAAAAUGAAAACUGUCCCCCUCAGACAGAAGCUACAUGAAGAUGCUUCAGAGAAUUCAGUUCCACUGUCAAACUCUAGAAAUGAGGCUCAUUAAACGAAGAAAACUGAUGGAUAUUUGCUAAUGGACAGAGCCCAUCUGGCUAUAUAUUAAGAGUGCAAUAAGUUUAAUAAAAUGAAAUCUUGCUGUAAAAUAAGUAUAACCCCUGUAAACCAGGGACUGUGUUUUAUUGCGUGUAAACUGCUUGGAGUGGUUAGAGAGGCAUGGCAGAAGUUACUUUAACAGGUGGACAUGGCUUUCAUCUACCUGUUUCAAAGUCACUGCUUGCUGAGUUUUGUUGGCCCCCUACACCUUAUCUAUUGGUUCUAAUGCUUGGUUUACCUGGCCAUACCAGAGUGUUCUUCUGUAAAUUCAACUUUGCUCUCCUCCUCUCCCAAUUUCAGUGGCUUGUUGUGGAAAAGAAAAAGACUGUGGCGAAUGCUUGUUCAUCUGCCUGUCUGUUUCCUGCAGUCUCCAGGCUGGGCUCUGGAAGAUGUCCAGUGGAUGGAGCUUAAACCUUGUUAAAAUCAUGGCAGUGCUGAUUCUCAGGAUGUAACACAAUUACUGUUCUGAAACUGUCUCCCUCGGGGCAAAUUGCUGGAGUCCAGAUCUACAGACAGCAAAGCCACAUUUCUAGAGAAAACCCAGGCCCUUUUCAUCUGUUCUUUUAUUAGGCUUGGUUUCUUACAUUUCAGCAGCUGUACAAAGGUCAGCAAACAUGCCUCUUUCCUGUGCCAUUUCAUAGGCUAGAGCAAUCUAUGGGCUUGGGCACUAUUUUCUUCAAAGAAGACAACUGCUAUAUACCUUUCUACCCUCUUCGUAGAACUCCCUCACUGCAACUGUGCUUUGGAAUGUAUACCAAAGUACGUAACUUCAAAUUAGUGGCGU